AUCGAGAAGAUCAGUCCAUGUUGAUCACUGGUGAGUCCGGUGCCGGUAAGACUGAGAAUACGAAGAAAGUAAUUGCUUAUUUCGCAAACGUCGGUGCCAGCACCAAAAAGGAGGAUCAGCAGAGAACAUCUAAGAAGGGCAACUUAGAAGAUCAGGUCGUCCAAACCAACCCUGUUUUAGAAUCUUUUGGUAACGCCAAAACCGUGCGUAAUGACAACUCUUCACGUUUCGGUAAGUUCAUCCGAAUUCACUUCGGUGGUAUGGGCAAAUUGGCUGGAGCAGAUAUUGAAACAUAUCUGCUCGAGAAGGCUCGUGUGAUUUCUCAACAAUCUGCCGAGCGUUCGUACCAUAUAUUCUAUCAGCUAAUGUCAAAUGGUAUUCCUAAUACUAGAGAAAUUCUCCUUCUCUCUGAUGAUAUCUACGACUAUCACUUUGUAUCCCAAGGAAUGACAGAAAUCGAUGGUGUUGAUGAUGCAGAAGAAAUGCGUUUUACUGAUCACGCCUUCGAUGUAUUGGGCUUUAAUGAUGAAGAGAAAGAUAACAUCUAUAAGAUUGUUGGUUCCGUGAUGCAUAUGGGUGAGAUGAAGUUUAAACAGAGACCACGAGAAGAGCAGGCUGAGGCCGAUGGGACGGAAGAAGGUGAACGGAUUGGUCAUCUGUUGGGCGUAAACCCCGCUGACAUGUACAAGAACUUUUUGAAACCCAAGAUCAAGGUUGGCAACGAGCUGGUCACUCAGGGCAGAAAUAAAGAUCAGUGUACAUACUCCGUUGGUGCUAUAGCCAAGGCUAUAUAUGAUAGGCUGUUCAAGUGGCUCGUGAAGAAAGUCAACGAAACCCUUGACACCAAGCAGAAAAGACAACACUUUAUUGGAGUAUUGGAUAUCGCUGGCUUUGAAAUUUUUGACCACAAUGGUUUUGAACAGCUGUGUAUCAACUUUACGAAUGAAAAACUCCAACAAUUUUUCAACCACCAUAUGUUCGUGUUGGAGCAAGAAGAGUACAAAAAGGAAGGCAUUGACUGGGAAUUCAUUGACUUCGGUCUUGAUUUACAAGCGUGUAUUGAGCUAAUCGAGAAGCCCAUGGGUGUCCUGUCCAUUCUUGAGGAAGAGUCUAUGUUUCCCAAGGCUACCGAUAAGUCCUUUGAAGAGAAGUUGAAAAACAACCACUUAGGCAAAUCUCCCAACUUCACUAAGCCUAAACCACCUAAACCUGGACAAAGUGAAGCUCACUUCGCUAUUGCCCACUAUGCCGGAACGGUUCCUUACAACCUCAGCCAUUGGCUUGAGAAGAACAAGGAUCCCUUGAAUGACACUGUUGUUGAUCAGUUUAAACAUGCCCAGAAUGCACUCAUAACUGCGAUCUUUGAGGAUCAUCCUGGCCUUGGAGCUGGAGACCAAAGCGGUGGCGGUGGCAAAGGACGUAAGAAGGGUUCUGGUUUCCAAACUGUUUCUGGCUUAUAUAGGGAACAACUGAACAAACUGAUGGCUACCCUCCGAGCCACUCAGCCCCAUUUUGUCCGAUGCAUCAUUCCAAAUGAAACUAAGUCUCCAGGUGUGAUCGAUUCCCACUUGGUAAUGCACCAAUUAACUUGUAAUGGUGUACUGGAAGGUAUCCGUAUCUGCAGGAAGGGCUUCCCCAACAGGAUGAUCUAUCCGGACUUCAAACACAGAUAUACAAUUUUGGCUCCAAAUGCAGUUCCCAAAGGAGCAUUUGUUGACGCAAAACAUGCAACGGAAAAGGUCCUAGAGGAAAUUCAGCUCGAGGCCAACGAUUACCGAUUGGGUCAUACUAAGGUGUUCUUCCGAGCUGGUGUGCUUGGUCGGCUAGAGGAAAUUCGUGAAGAACGCUUGAGUAAGAUCUUUACAUGGCUACAGAGCUGGAUAAGAUGGUAUCACUGCAAGAAAGAGUUCAAAAAGCUACAAGAACAGAGGGUUGCUCUGCUUAUCAUUCAAAGAAACCUCCGCAAGUUCUUACAGCUUCGAAACUGGCUGUGGUGGAAACUGUACUCCAAGGUCAAGCCUCUUCUCAGUAUGGCCAAGGUAGAAGAUGAACUCAAGGCUUUAGAAGAAAAACUCAAGGCAGCUUUGGAGGCCUUGGAAAAAGAGGAAAAGAUAAGAAAGGAGCUGGAGGCUCAAAAUGUGAAGAUACUUCAGGAGAAAAACGAUCUAUUCUUACAACUUGAUGCUGAAAGAUCCUCUUCUGGAGAUGUAGAAGAACGACUUGCCAAGGCCUUGAGUCAGAAGGGAGAUUUAGAAUCUCAACUCCAGGACCUGAAUGAACGUCUGAAUCAGCAAGAAAACUCAGCAUCCCAAAUGAGUCAGAACAAGAAGAAACUCGAGGGGGACAUCUCUUCGUUAAAGAAGGAAAUUGAGGAUCUUCAACUUGCUCUGCAGAAGGCUGAGCAAGACAAGGCGACCAAAGAUCACCAAAUCCGAAACCUGAAUGACGAGAUCGCCCACCAGGAUGAACUUAUCAACAAACUGAAUAAAGAAAAGAAAAAUUUACAGGAAGUUCAUCAGAAAACCUCUGAAGACUUGCAGAGUACCGAAGACAAAGUUAACCACCUUAACAAAGUCAAAACUAAGCUAGAACAGACUCUUGAUGAGUUGGAAGACAACCUUGAACGGGAGAAGAAACUAAGAGGAGAUGUUGAGAAAACUAAGAGGAAAGUGGAAGGUGAUUUCAAACUUGCUCAAGAAGCGGUGAUCGACUUAGAAAAGAACAAGAAAGAAAUGGAACAAGCUCUUCAGAGGAAAGAGAAAGAAAUAGCCAGUAUCUCUGCCAAGUUAGAAGAUGAACAGAAUCUGGUCGCUAAGCUACAGAAGCAGAUCAAAGAACUCCAGGCCAGAAUUGAAGAGUUAGAAGAAGAACUUGAGGCCGAAAGACAAGCCAGGGCAAAAGCCGAGAAACAGAGAGCUGAUCUCAGUCGUGAACUGGAAGAACUCAGCGAGCGAUUAGACGAAGCUGGUGGUGCCACUUCUGCUCAGAUUGAAAUGAACAAGAAACGGGAAGUGGAACUUUCCAAACUAAAGCGUGACCUCGAGGAGGCCAAUGUACAGCAUGAACAGAUCCUCUCAAAUCUUAGGAAGAAGCACAACGACUCUAUUGCUGAACUCAGUGAACAACUUGACCAGAUGAGCAAACACAAGACCAAGACUGAAAAAGAGAAAUCCCACAUGAAAGCUGAGUUGGAUGAUAUGCGCGCCAGUCUUGACCAAGUGAACAAGGAAAAGGCCAAUUCCGAGAAGAGCGCUAAACAACUGGAAGUCCAACUACAAGACUCUCAAUACAAAUUAGAAGAAGCUAAUCGUUCACUGGGAGAUUUCGAUUCCAACAAGAAAAAACUAAGUGCAGAAUGCGGCGAAUUUCAAAGACAGCUAGAGGAAGCUGAAUCUCAAAUUAGUCAGCUCAACAAGUUAAAGAUGUCCCUUCAGACUCAGCUAGAGGAUACCAGGAGAGCAGCAGACGAAGAAAGUAGAGAGCGCGCUGCAGCGAUGGGUAAAUGCAGAAAUCUGGAACACGAACUGGACGGCCUGAAAGAACAACUGGAUGAAGAACAGGAGGCCAAAAAUGAUCUCCAAAGACAGCUCAGCAAAGCUAACGGAGAAAUUCAACAAUGGAGAAAUAAAUUUGAAAGUGAAGGUCUUGCUCGCGUCGAAGAACUGGAAGAUGCUAAACACAAGCUUCAAGCAAAGAUUCAAGAAGCUGAAGAGAGUGUCCAACAGAUGAAUGUUAAGUGUGGCAAUCUGGAAAAGGCCAAAUCUCGACUUCAAGGAGAGAUUGAAGAUAUGUCCAUUGAGGUCGAGAGGGCCAACAGCCUUGCCUCUACGUUAGAAAAGAAACAGAAAUCUUUUGAUAAAACAACAGCAGAAUGGAAGCAGAAGGUGGACGAUCUCCGUUCUGAGCUGGACGCCUCCCAGCGGGAAUGCAGGGACUACUCUACCGAACUCUUCAAGUUGAGAACUUCGUAUGAGGAGAGUCAGGAGCAGUACGAAGCUGUUAAGCGUGAAAACAAAAACUUGCAAGAUGAGAUCAAGGACCUUAUUGAUCAACUUGGCGAGGGAGGUAGAAACGUCCAUGAGUUGGAGAAAUCCAAGAAGAGGUUGGAGAUGGAGAAGGAUGAACUCCAGGCAGCUCUGGAAGAAGCAGAGGCUGCAUUGGAACAGGAAGAAAAUAAGGUUCUCCGAUCCCAGCUUGAACUUUCUCAGGUUCGUCAGGAGAUCGACCGGAGGAUUCAGGAUAAAGAGGAAGAAUUCGAGAACACAAGGAAAAAUCACCAGCGAGCAAUCGACUCCAUGCAAGCCAGCCUGGAAGCCGAGGCCAGGGGUAAGGCAGAGGCCCUGCGCAUGAAGAAGAAGCUGGAGAGUGAUAUCAAUGAGUUGGAGAUUGCUCUUGAUCACGCUAACAAAGCCAAUUCUGACGCUCAGAAGAACAUCAAGAAGUACCAGCAGCAGAUCAAGGAGCUUCAACAGAGCGUGGAGGAAGAACAAAGAGGGCGUGAUGAGGCUAGGGAACAAUACGCCAUGGCUGAAAGACGUAGCCAUGCUCUCCAUGGUGAACUGGAAGAAAGCAGGCAACUUCUGGAACAGGCUGACCGUGGACGACGGUCAGCAGAAACAGAGCUGGCGGAUGCCCACGAGCAGAUGAACGAGCUAUCCGCCAAUUCCGCCUCCCUGUCUAUGGCCAAGAGAAAACUCGAAGGAGAAAUGCAAGCCUUGCAAUCCGAUUUGGAUGAGAUGCUGAACGAGGCUAAGCAGUCUGAGGACAAAGCCAAAAAGGCCAUGGUGGACGCUGCUCGCCUUGCUGAUGAACUAAGAGCUGAACAAGAACAUGGCCAACAACAAGAGAAGAUGCGUAAGGCAUUAGAAGUUCAAAUGAAGGAUUUGCAGGUCCGCCUGGACGAGGCUGAAGCUGCUGCUCUUAAGGGUGGAAAGAAAAUUAUCCAGAAGCUGGAACAAAAGGUGCGUGAAUUGGAGAAUGAACUAGAAAAUGAACAGCGUCGUUAUGCGGACGCUGCCAAGAAUUCCAGAAAGGGAGAGCGCAGAGUUAAGGAGCUCCAGUUCCAGGCUGACGAAGACCGCAAGAACCACGAGCGUAUGCAAGACCUGGUGGACAAACUGCAACAGAAACUCAAGACUUACAAGAGGCAGAUCGAAGAGGCAGAAGAAAUUGCUGCCUUGAACUUAGCCAAAUUCCGUAAAGUACAACAAGAGCUUGAGGAUGCUGAAGAGAGAGCUGACAUGUCUGAGAACACACUUGCCAAACUACGAGCGAGGAAUCGUAGCUCUGCCUCUGCCAGUCGAGGAGGGAGCCCAGGACCUAUUUUGAGGGCAAGUCGUCCUAGAACUAAAGUUGGAGCUGAUGAGGAAUAGGCGUUUUCUCUUAUAUAUACAUUAUUCGUCUUCCCCGCUUUCUUCCACGAAGGUUUCCUCAGGAGAUUGAUCACUCGCAAAAACUCCCUGAUCGCUGACUAACCCUAUUGACUUUUAUGAAAUUGAAAACUUUAAAAUUUUGAAAAAUAAAAACAAAAAAUGGAACGUUCGGUAUGUGUGUACGCCUUGUAUGUUUACGUGAACUUCGAAAUUUAAGACAUGGCAUGAACCAGAUCAUCGUCUUUGCUAUAUAAAAGUGGUAGAAGUAACUACAAGUACGUUUCCUGUGUAAAAGACCAUCGUUCGAAGUUUUCUUCCUGUGAAAGACUGUGUGUGUGUGUAGAUGAAUUGUAUUCUACAUGAUUUGACCUUUAAAUUAAAAUCAUAU